CAGACGUUAUGCAAAAAGGAUGACCUUGUUUUAUACAUAACAUAAACAUUGUGUCUUUAACAAAAUGGCGGUUUAUUCGUUGAUAUUUCGUUGUGGAGUUUCUAAUAAAGUACGGUUGCAAGCGUUAAUGAAUAUAUUCUGCGCUAUGUAUCUCUUUACAAUGACCUUCAUGGUAACACACGUGGCAUUUUUCUACAUUGUUCCGGAAUGUUAUUACCAUGAUGGAGCAAUGGUUCUCCAACAUAGGCUCGGCAUUUGGUACGUUUUUACAGCAGUUGUUGGAAAUUACCUUACAUGCAUCUUCACAGAAACUGCACCAAAACCGGAAGAAGAUAAAUCACGUGAUUAUGGCGUGAUGGCGGACCAAUCUAGAAAUAGUGACAAUAUUGCUGUUAGAAGGAAGGCAAAAAGUAAGGUUGGCAAACAAAGUCAAGAUCGUAAGAAAAAAUCGGACAUAUUUUGCAAAGCCUGCGACAUGACGGUUCCUAUCAGGACGCAUCACUGCUAUUUGUGUGAAAAGUGUGUUACAAAGAGAGACCACCAUUGUUUCUUUAUGGGUGUUUGUAUUGGAAAAGCAAACCAUAUAUAUUUCAUUUUGUUUACUCUGUUUAUGGGAGUAGGCACAUUCUACGGAAUGUUGUUGAUGGCCAAAUAUCUUAACUAUCUUUAUGGAAUUCAGUUUCACGGACCACAAACAUUUUUAUCUCUAUUUUUGAGUACGAUAAUGAGUCUUUUACAAGGCCAGAUACCGUCAUUUAGGUAUCUAGGAGUAUUUCUAAUGUUAUACGUGAGUUUGGCCGGAACACUCGCCUCGUUUGGAUUUUUGUUUUGGCAUAUGCUUAUUGUUGCCAGGGGACAAACUACAUACGAAGCAUUACGCGGGAUUACUAAAUUCUCGAAAGACACGUAUAUUGCCAAUAUACAACAAGUUUUCAGCAGACACAGUUUGAUUUCGUUGUUUAUACCAUUUUGGGACCUUGUCGUUGACAUUGUCAGACAGAGAUAAAUCAUUGUUAGAUAGAGUAGAACAGAAAAAAAAACAUUGUUAAACAGAUAUAACAUAUUGUCAGACGGAGAUAAAUAUUGUCAGACAGUGAAAAAAUAUUUUGUCAGACAGAGACAAAACAUUGCCAGACAGAAGAAAAACAUUGUCAGACAGAGGUAAAACAGAAAAAAACAUUGUUAACCAGAUAUAACAUAAUAUCAGACGGAGAUAAAAUAUUGUCAGACAGUGAACAAACAUUGUCAGACAGAGACAAAACAUUGUCAGACAGAAGUAAAACAUUGUCAGACAGUGAUAAAACAGGGAACAAAAUACUGUCAGACGGAGAUCAAGCAUUUUUAGACGGAGAUAAAGCAUUGUCAGAUAGAGAUAAAACAUUGUCAGACAGAGAUAAAACAAAGGAAAAUAACAUUGUUAGCCAGAUAUUACAUUGUCAGACGGAGAUCAAGCAUUGUCAUACGGAGAUAAACAUUAUCAGAUACAGAUUAAACAGAGAUAAAACAUUGUCAGACAUGGAUAGAACAUUGUCAGACAGAGAUAAAUCAUUGUCAGACAGCGAUAAAACAUUGUCAGAAAAAGAUUAAACAGAGAUAAAACAUUAUCAGACAGAGGUAAAACAUUGACAGAUAGAGAUAAAACAUUGACAGAUAGAGAUAAAUCAUUGUCAGGCAGAGACAACGGGCAACGUUGAAAGGCAACGUUGAAAGGCAACGGGAAAAAACGUUGUAAGUCAGGUAUAACAUUGUCAGACGGAGAUAAAACAUUGUCAGACAGACAUAAAUCACUGUCAGAUAGAAAUAAAACAUUGUCAGAUAGAAACAUUGUCAGACAGAAAUAGAACAUAGUCAGACAGAGAUAAAACAUUGUCAGACAUGGAAUAAACAUUGUCAGUAUAAAACAUGAUUACCGGAGACAUAAAACAUGGAUGAGUAGUAAGAAUGCAAUUCAUAGCCUAGAAUUCUUCAGAUUUUUCAACGCUAUGUAAAGGUGUAAGCGUAAUCAAUAUAAUUAUUUCAAGAGUAAACGUCUUGGAUCUUAUUAAUAAUAACAUUGAUAAAUGUAAUCUUUGUUUAUGAACAAUAACAUUUCUAGUUUAGAAUGGGCAAUGCGUUUUUUAUAUGAAAAAUGUGCGUUUAACUUCAAUGGUACGCUCUUAAAUGGUAUAAUACACUUAACGAAACUUAUAAGUACUCCGAUUUCAAACUUGCAGGAAAACUCCGGUUUUCAAAGUAUAUACCAAAUCAAUGUUGAAAAUAUGUACUGACUCUACUUUCCGACUGCAUGAAUGAUUUUAAAA